AUGGAGGAAAUUAAACGAAACAAGCUAGCGAUUGCAAAAAAACUUCAGAACAAAAUGAUGGCUGAAUAUUCAACAAAGUAUCGCAAAUUGCGUCCAGAGAACAAAUGGAAAUUGCCUUCUAGAAAGUUCGUUGAAGAUAUUCUAUAUGAAUAUACAAUAAAUUUGAAUCAUAAAAGUUUUAUAUUCGAUACAAGUGAUGAAACGAUCAUGAAUCUUUUCAGUGAACUUGAUCAGCAACAUAUCGGAGAAUGUAAUAUUCCUUCAGAACUGCAAGUAGAUGACACUUUGCUAGAUUUUCUUUUACUCUACCGACAAAAUAAUUCUCAAGAUCUGCGUAGGGUAAUCAGCAUCGAUAUAUAUUUAUCUUCUUAUAACCCACGGAGAAAUUAUGACUAUUACUAUGUUCAUGAAGUUUUUUCUCAUUUGCCUCAGGAUCUUUUUAAUCCUCACUUAGAGGAUUGGUUCAAGACGAACCUCUGGAGCAUAAUAGUAGAUAAUUGUUUUUUAGAUGUAUUAGAUGCAGAAUUUAUUCGUAGUGAAGGUUGCUCUCGUGCUUCAGGAACCAAAUUCUUAGCCAAUGGAUUUAAGAAAUUACCAAAAACUAUGCGAGACACACUAGUUCAAAAAGUCAAGAAGUAUAACCUUAGUUUUGUAAUUUCUUAUCAAUUAGAAGUUGUGGGUUUCCUUCAUUCUGGUCAAUAUCUCCAGCAAUUAGUUAUGGAUAUACCAUGUAGAUCAAUUUGCCGAUUACGUAGGUUUCCUACUACGAAGAUUCCAGCAAGCUUGGACGAAGUUGAUGAAUUAUUAGUAAUGGUGAAUGACAUGCUUGUUGCAAAAUUACGAAUUAAAAGAUGUUUAGAAUCUGUGAAUAAUUAUUAUUCUAGUAAUAUAGAACUGAAGAAACGCUUGAAAAACAGGAAAGAAAUCAAAGCAAGAGGAGAUAACUUUCCAGAUACACAAAAGACUCCAAAAGCGAAAAGGAUUAAGUUAAUAAAAGAGAUCAAAAUCGGAAUUUAG